ACCAAAAUAUCUAACAUCUCACGUCAAAAUACUCCAGAGCACUUAAGUACUAAGUAAAAGCAGCCAAACCGACCACACCGCAAAACAAGCCAAGUCUCGAUUUUACAACCUUCAACUUACUGAUGAAUAUAAAGUCUUAUAACUCUAAAAAACCCAAAACCUUGUCAUCUAGUUACUACUUAACAAUCUACAAAGAGCUAUAAAUACAUACAUAAACACACACAAAACAAGGUCAUUGAGAAACCCCAAAACAAUCAACAAUAGCUUGCUAGCUACUCCUGUUGCUGUGAGAACCGUUGAUGUAGAUGCUUUGCAAGCAAGAUUUAGAGACUCCAACAAUAAAAGCCAUGCUUAACACCUACCAUGCCUCCAAACUCUCAUCAAACCAGUGUGGUUCUAGCCUUGUGCAAACAAUAGAUGCACCUUUACCUCUCGUAUGGUCCCUCAUAAGGCGCUUUGAGUAUCCACAAGGGUACAAGCUCUUUGUGAAGAAGUGCAACCUUCUUGAUGGGGAUGGUGGCAUUGGAAGCGUGCGUGAGGUCAUGAUCACAUCUGGGUUACCCGCUGGUGUUAGUGUGGAGAGGUUGGACAAGCUCGAUGAUGACAAGCAUGUCUUGAAGUUUAGCAUCAUUGGUGGUGAUCACAGGCUUGUCAAUUAUAGUUCAACGAUUACUUUGCAUGAGGAGGAAGAGGAAUACGGUGGGAAGACGGUGGCGAUAGAGUCGUACGCGGUGGAUGUCCCGGCGGGGAGUAGCGGCGACGAUACGUGCUCUUUUGCUAAUACUAUCAUAGCUUGCAACCUUAGGUCCUUGGCUAAGAUCACAGAAGAAAAGGUUUGUAAGGUUAAUCAAAUUAAGCUUUAAUACUUAAGUAGGUUCUUCUUGUUGUUUUUUUUUUCAAUUAGAAAUCUAAACUUUAAAAAAAAUUGUAAUUGAGUUUUUAAUCUUCUAUACAAUUAUUGUAAUUGGGUUCUUGGAGUUAAUGAAAUCGUCAUAUUGUUAUUUUUGAGGUGGUUUCAAGCUGUCAGAAAUUCAUUUCAUUCGAGGAAUCCAAGUACAAAAAUGGCAAAACAUAAAAAAUUCAAUUACAAUCUUUUGUAGUUUAGAAACCUAAAUAAAAUUUCUCAAAACAUUUAGGGACUUAAUUGUAUAUUAAACCUUAAAUUAAGGUUUGCUUUGUUUCUCUUAAGAUUUGUUGUGAUACUAUGUUGAUUACUGUUGU